CUCAUUUCGCCUGGAGGUGAAGUCAGAAUCACGUUUAUUUCAGUGGAUAAUCCUUGUGCUGUUUGUUUGUGGAAGAAGCUUUUUCCCUUGUUUUGCCGUCAGCAGGUCGACCUGUGGACUGGUUUUCAGCACCAUGGACCGUGCCUUGGCCAGGCUGGAUGCUGCGGGCUUCUUACAGAUCUGGCAACGUUUUGACAAGGACGAUAAGGGUUACAUCGAAGCAAAACAGCUGGAUGACUUCUUUCAGCACAUGUUGGAAAAACUCGGGAUGAAGAGAGAGGAGAUAACUAAGGGCAAAAUCAGAAGACUGAGAGAAAGGUUUGUGUCUGCCAGCAACACAGCAGCCGACGGACGUCUGCAGAUCCAAGAGCUGGCCACCAUGAUGCUGCCUGAAGAGGAGAACUUCCUGCUUCUGUUCCGCCGAGGGAUUCCACUGGACAACAGCGUGGAGUUCAUGAGGAUCUGGAGAAACUAUGACACAGACAGCAGCGGCUACAUCUCGGCCACCGAGCUCAAGGGCUUCCUUCACGACCUGUUCCUUCAACACAGGAAGUCCGUCACCCCCGAAAAACUGGAUGAGUACACCGAUACAAUGAUGAAGAUGUUUGACAAAAACAGGGAUGGCAGACUGGAUUUAAAUGACCUGGCCAGAAUUUUGUCUCUGAAAGAGAACUUCCUACUGAAGUUUAAGAUGGAUGCUUGUAGUCAAGAGGACAGAAAGAGGGACUUUGAGAAGAUCUUUGCACACUACGAUGUCAGUAAGACUGGAGCGUUGGAGGGUCCUGAGGUGGAUGGAUUUGUCAAGGAUAUGAUGGAGCUGGUGAAGCCCAACAUCAGCGGAGUAGACCUGGACAAGUUCAGGAAAUCCCUGAUGGGUCACUGUGACAUCAACGGGGAUGGAAAGAUCCAGAAGAACGAGCUGGCUCUCUGCCUCGGCCUCAAGCUCAGCUAACGGAGCCUCCUACUGUUCACACAAGUGACUUUUCCUUCUUUUACUUCCUCUGCUUAUUUAAACUUCUUUCUUUCCACUCUUCUUCAUCUUGUACGCUCUCCUUCCUUCGUCUUGCUAUGUGACUCCUCCACCUGUACUGUUCUCACCCAGUUUGAUGUUAAAAAGACAAUGCAACUAGUUUAUGCCAUUAAACACAAUACAUUCCCACAAUUUUAUAUAUUUUUCUGUAUUAAACUCCUGCAGUAGUGAACAUAGUGUAUUAAACGUGGAUCUCUGCCUGCAUGGCUUAAAAAUAGCUUUGACAUAUAAGAUGGAAAAACUAUCUAGCUGGUGUUUUCAUGACUGCAUGGCCUGAUGCUGCUUUGCAAUGUGCCAAUAUAUGAAACUGUGUUUGCAUGACGUGCUUGUGAAUCCAGUAAAAGUAAACUUAUUUAAUUCUU